CGUCAUCCCGUCUUCCCUCAUCCCAACGUUCGCAAUGUUGGCCCUGAAUAAAUACAUACCACAGACACAGUCUUGAUCGACAAAGUGCUGUUACACCGCAGUGCAUUUGGCACACUAACGCUCGUCUGAAGUUUAGUUGAAGAACCAAGCGCAGCCCAAAAGCUCGGCAGUUUAUUAUUCGCCUAGCCCAGCAGGGCAGGCGCUAGACUGAGUUUGGUCGGUUGGUUGGUGUUAGGUAUUGUAAGUCGUUCCUGGAGCGGGCCGGGGGAGGAUCUCACAACCACCGCAUCUGGGGGUUAGCCGUUCGUUGCCCUUUUUUUUGGGCGAGGGACGUCAUUACCCUUCCCUCUCGCUGUGAGUUUCACGGUGAUGGUGCGUGCCGUGUGCCGUGAGGGAGGAAGAAAGCAAGAAGGGUCCGAGUAUGACGGAUGUCGGUGUUGGUGUCCGGGGGGGAAGGGAUGGGCAAACGUGGACGGUUGGCCGAGCGUUGCAUGUCCGUCAGCCCGUUUCUUUUUUUCUUGAGACAUACGUAUGUCUCCUAUCACACAAGGAUCGCACUUGGUGUCUGAGAAAUGGACUGGCGUGGAUUGGUUAGGCAAAUGGGAGCGGCUGAGAAAAGACCGGACUGGAUAGGUACUGCCGCGCCGCUUUGCAUAUUGAGGAGGUCUGAUCUGACUGACAACCAAGAAGACGAACAUGGCAAGCGCCGAGGUGAAGGAUGGACGGGGAGAGGGGGCUUUCAUCCCAUCCAUCCAUCCCAUCAGCAACCGCAUGCAUCGCCCCGGGUUCGUGGGAGGAAGGAGGGGCUUGCAUCAAGGAGUUACAAAAUAGGAAUACUAUGAAAACCGUCCCUGCCCAUCAUAGAGCUGAAACCUCCCCUAUAACUUCAGGCGGCCUGUUAUUCUUCUUUUUCUUCUUCUUCUUCUUUCCGGCCGGAUAUUUUCCUGACCUUAUUCCAGCCCUAUUGUCAUCCCCCCCCUUCCCAUUCUCGUUCCUGCAUCAGCAACACAUUUUCGGGGUUUGUUUGUGAGAGAGUCGGUUACUAAGUUUAAACGGCCCCUUCUUCAAAACACAACCCAGCAAGCGCUUUGUCAUGUGUGUAUCUUCCCCCCCCCCCCAGCAACCGCGCCUCCUUCUACAAAAAUAAGUCAAGAAGCACCAAAGAGUUUGCCGCCGCCGCCUGCCAGCCCGCGCGUUACACCAGUUCGUUAAGCUGCCAGCCCAUCGUUGCAGAAACCGUCACUGGUGCGAGUGUGGGAUUGUCCCCGACCUAAACUCAAACACCAAAACCGUUCUUCAUAUAUCUAACGGAUAGGAACUGGUCUUGAGAUCGUUUUUUUCAGUCUCUUUCUUGGUUUGAUACCGAAUACAACCAACCAACACCUUUUGUGUACUUUUCCUCUUGCAACUUAUUUUGGUUCGCCAGUUUUUUUUUUUUUUUUUGGAAUUAUUGGUCCCUUGUGUGUUGGUUUCUUUUGACGCUGUUGCUUGUUCUUCUUGGUGGUGUAUUUUCCCUCCCGGUACGCAUUAUUUAAAACAAUGAAGAGAGUUGGGGGCAAGUCGUUGGUGGCCUCGGCGUUGCUGGGUGCCAGCCUGGUACAAGCCGACCCUCAGAGCAUUUGUGCCACCGACAACAUCUGCUACAGCAUCGCCGUUCCCACCUCCUCGGCAAGCUCAAAUUCGGGCAACAUCUACUUCCAGUUGAAGGCGCCAACGUCGUACUCAUGGGUGGCUCUGGGCACCGGCUCGCAGAUGGCUGGCGCCAGCAUCUUUGUCAUGUACCAGGACGGCAACGGCAACGUGACGAUUUCGCCACGCCUGGGAACUGCCCACAGUCAGCCCCAGUGGGACCAGAGCAGCACAGCGGCGCAACUGACGUUGCUCGCUGGAAGCGGUGUUGCUGGUGGAAUCAUGACGGCGAAUGUUGCGUGCGCGAACUGCGAGUCCUGGAAUGGGGGUGACAUGUCUCUUCAGGGGACCAGCGUGCCUUGGAUCGCAGCCUGGAGAUCGGGAUCUUCGUUGGCGACGACAAAUAAGGGCGCCACCAUCUCUCAGCACGGAGGUAACGACCAUACCGGGUUCAAUAUCGAUUUGACUACGGCAACCAUCAGCUCUGAUAGUAAUCCUUUCCUUACCUCCCGCGACACUGGUGGUGGCGGUGGUUCCGGUUCCGGUUCCGGUUCACCCGCAGGAGGCAAUGGGAUAACGCUGGCUAGAGGAAACCCCAAUGCCGCCGCGAUUCUGGCAGCUCACGGUGUUAUCGGGGCUUUGGUUAUGGCAGUGCUUUAUCCUUUGGGCUCCCUUCUUAUGCCGCUUCUUGGGAGAUGGUAUGUCCAUGGAGCGUGGCAGGUGAUCACUUUUGCUCUGAUGUGGGCGGCUUUCGGUCUCGGUGUUCAGAGCGCCAAAGACCGGAAUAUGCUCUUCACACAGACGCACACGAUUCUCGGUACCGUGGUUGUUGCCUUUUUUGGGGUACAGCCUGCGCUCGGCUACAUUCAUCAUCGUCAGUAUGUUCAGACGCAGAGCCGCGGUGCCGUCAGUUACGUACACAUCUGGCUCGGCCGGAUCCUGAUGCUGCUGGGCAUCAUCAACGGUGGGUUGGGCCUCCGGCUUGUCGGAGAGCGGCAAGAGCUCGUGAUCGCCUACGGCGUGGUUGCCGGCGUUAUAUUCCUAUGUUAUAUUCUUGCCAAGGUGUUUACGGUUAUUGGGGCUCAGAAGGCACAGGGGAGGAGCUAUAAGGAAGAUCGAGUCCCUGGCAACAUGAGGAGGCCGUACCAAGAGUCGAGGCGGCAUGGUGGGAGGUAUGCUUAG